AUGAUAUCCAGGAUACCACUCAGCGCCCGGAGCGCUUGCCGCCAUGCUUAUACUGCCCCAUCGAGACUGAGGUCAACAACGGGCCUCCUCUCCUUCGCCCAGCAGUCGAACCAGCCUUCGAUUUCUCAACUCUCUUUCAACGCUCGCUUAUUUUCGGCAACGACACGUAACUCUUUCAAACCGACCUUCCCCCGCCAGGACGAGCCCUCCCAAAACGACGUCCUCGAGCAACAAGCUCGACACGGCGUCAACCCGCCCUACACUACCCGUCCCCCACCUCUCAACCUGCCCGAACGCCAACCUGACGCCUCCACCUUCUCCCACGUCUUCGCGACCGGCAAGGCCUACCUAACCUUCUACAAGACUGGCCUCCGUCAAGUCUUUGCCAACUUCAAGCUCCUGCGCGCCGUCGGCAAAGGUGGCGAGGGCCCCAUCGGCCGCUCCGAGAACCCAGUUACCGACGCCGACUGCAUCGACGGCUACCUCCGCUUCCGCACGCGCGGCUCGCUGCUGCUCUACAAGCGUGUCAAGCACGACCUAAACAAGCUGCCCAUUUUCGGCCUGCUGCUGCUCGUGUGCGGCGAGUUCACGCCGUUCGUCGUGCUGGCUGUGCCCACCAUCGUUCCCUAUACGUGUCGGAUUCCGAAGCAGGUGGACAAGAUCCUCAAGCGGAUUGAAGAGAAGAGGGCGGCGGCUUUGGACGAAUUAAUCGGCGAAGUGUACGAGGAGGAUGAUUACCACUUCGUUGAUCUCCAGGACCAGAUAAACGAGAAGGAUAUAAAAGCCGGCGACGUCACCGAAGUCACCGCCGAGGAUCUCGCGACAUGGAGGGCGAAAGCGCAGGAUAUGACUGAGGAGGAGAAGGAACUAUACGAAUCCGAAAUAACUCAAUGCGAGCAGAUGAUCAAGGACCAAAGGGAGAGGAGGGGAGAGGCGGGCAAAGAAGUAGACCCGCGCCCGAUCCGCGAGCAGGCGCAAGAGUGGGUGGACCUAGCCCAUGCCGACCACGAGAAGCCCGGGGAUGAUGACCCUGUGGAAAUCGACGUCUUCCCCAUGACGGCCAGCGAGGCCCUCGAGCAGCUCGACCCUCUUAGCGACGACUGCGAGCAGUUCAACAUGCUGGACGCUCUGGCUCGCACCUACGAUGUCAAGAGCUGGUGGGGUCCCGCCGGAAGGGAACGCGGUGUGCACAAGCACAUGCGUUUCCUGGCCGUAGACACGGAGCUGUUGGAGAAGGACGGCGGUGUCGAGGCGCUGGAGAACGAUGAGGUGGUGUUGGCGUGCAUUGAUAGAGGUAUCGAUGUCAGAGGCCGCAAAGAGGAGGAUUUGAGGUAUGCCCUGGAGAAGUGGGUGAUCUUAACACAUGUUCUGGCUAAGGAUAGGGCGGAUUGUCUGAGGAGGAUGGCGGUGUUGGGGACGUGUCCGGAGAUUCUGUGGCCGGGUAUUCCUUGGCCAGAGGAGAAUGUAGAGAAGGAUGAGUAA